AUGACGACUAUUAACGAGGAGGCGCUUGAUCGUUUGCUGCACGAGAACAGACGGCUUCAGUCAUAUGUUCGCUCUUUGAUUGAGGCGAUUGAGGUUCGCCGUGUGCUCACAGAUAAUGUUCUUUUUGCAUUAGUACGGAGAGAAGCUGCACAGCGGCAGCCUAACCGAAAGGAACUUCUUGGGGCUGACGUGGACCUAUGGUUUAAAUUUUGCUGUGGUUCCCAGAUGUAUGCGCCUGCUUCCCUUAUGCGGCCGCCGUGGUAUUGCCAUGCAUUUGCACCCAACUUUCGCUGGAGCCAUCGAGCGAAAAGGUUGAUGAAGAGACAGGUGGAGCUCCUGGGUUUAGACAAUUGGGAGGAGGGCAAUUCUACGCAGUGGCAGAUUGUGGCGGAUGCCGUCAACUACGACUCGAGUUCUACUCGGAGAGUAGACGGUUUUCAAUGUUUUCUGCAGUAUUAUCAGGAAGUAAUAGCUUCGCCGGACCCCUUCUCGUCCACAGAGGAUAACCUCAUCGAUAUGCAUGACCCGGUAAGCGGUCGAUGGGGCAAAC